AUAAAUCUCUACUUGUCAGCAGUAGUGGUAGUUUUAUAAAGCGAAUGUACUUAUUUGAUUUGAUUCCGGCAUUUCGUAAUCGAUUCCAGCAAGAAUAGGAAGCAAAGGAAUCGAAUACCGAUUCCAUAAGAAUCGAAAGACAGGAAUCGAUUUCAGAAUCGAGACGGCAGAAUCGGAACGUUCCUUCAUAGCGCCAUGUUUAAGAUGUUUGGUUGGUUGCAGUUGGGUUAUGAAAUGACGUUUCCAAUGAUGAGCGACGAGGACAAUUUUUAUUUAGUAUAUGAUUUUAAAAGAAUGAAGUGAUUUAUUUGGCGACUUAUUUACUCUGCAUUGUAGUUUCCUGAUUCAAAUGAAGCCUGUGAGGAGGCUACCUUCUGAAGUAUGUUCUCUAGUCAGAAGUGGUGUGGUUAUUCCAACACCUUCACAGGCGGCAGUUGAACUAGUUCUAAAUUCAAUUGAUGCUGGAGCUACUUCUAUUGCUGUAAGGGUUGAUUUGCGAAUAUUCAAAAUUCAAGUUGUUGAUAAUGGCCAUGGAAUUUCUUCAACAGAUUUGGAAGAAAUUGGAAAAAGGUCAGUCACAAGCAAGUGCUAUACUUUAGAUGAAUUCUAUACUAAUUUAAUGUACCAUGGAUAUAGAGGUGAAUCUUUGGCUAGUUUGCGUGAAAUGUGUGGAUUGUUGGAGAUUGUGACUCGACCUGCAGACAGUAACACUACCUACAGCAAAGUGUUUGUUCAUGGAGAAGAAGAGAAAGUAAAAAUAUCUGAUUUGAAACGUCCUACUCAUGGUACUACUAUUACAAUAACUGAUUUUAUGUUUAAUAUGCCUGUGAGACGGAAAAGAAUAAAAGAAGCUGUUGAAUUAGAGGCAAUAAGAUCAUGUCUUGAAUGUAUUGCUUUGGCUCAUCCUGAGAUAUCAUUGAGUAUAAGAAAUGAUGUCAAAGGACGAAUUAUUAUGGAAAAACACAAGAGUUCUGACCUCUUAAAUGCAUUUGAGCAUCUUUUUGGUCAUAAUUUAGCACGAAUGUUGGCCGCUGUUAAUUUCUCAACAGAAAAAUUUAAAAUUAGUGGAUAUAUUGGUAAAGAACCAUACAGACAUAAUGACUUACAAUUCAUUUUUGUAAAUAGGCAACCAAUAAUAAAAACAAAACUUCACAAAUUGGUAUCUGCUCUUCUUUCGAAAAGCUCUAUAGUUCGAACCAAUGGACCUUGGAAAAAUAAACCUAUUCCUAAGGAUGUUCCAGUUGAAAGAUGGCUUUCAUUUUCAUCCCUGGAGAAACAAAAAAAAUUUGCUGUUUUUGUGAUAAAUAUAACUUGUGCUAGAAAGGAAUAUGAAAGAUGUUGGGAUGCCAAGAUGCCAUUGAUUUAUUUUAAAGAUUGGGAAGGCAUUAUUUCUUGUGUAAGUAGUGCUAUACAAGAGUUUUUGAAAUUAGAAAAUCUAAUUGAUGAUGAUGAUUUAGAACAUGGGAAGUCUGAAGAUGAAACGGGAAAUUAUAUUUCAUCAGUUGAAGAAAAGCCUCAAUCUUCACACACCUCUGUUUCUUUAGAGAAUGUAUCAAAGGUGAAUCAUCAAAAGGACAUAGAAGUAGAAACUUGGAAUAUACAAGGUGCAAUUCAUGGCAUUUAUGCUAAGAGACCAAAAGAAUGUACCACAGAAUUUACUACUGGUGUAUGUGUAAAAAGUGAUGAUCAGAAAAUGGAGUCUAUUAAUGAAAUUAAUAGACAAUUUAGGACACCUGGUACCAUAAAUUCAAGCCAAGAAUGUUUGCAGAAUGAACUAGAAAGCGUUCCUCCUGUUGUGAAAUUUCUCAAAAAGUAUGAGACUCCUGCUGCUUCUCGCCUCCAAAUCACAAAAGGUGCUUACCGUUUGAAACAAAAAGAGGAAGAGGAGAAAAAACGAGCAGUUGCCAAGAUGUUGGGUACAUUUAAAUUUCCUAGGAAGUCAAAAUUAAUUAGUUCUAAAAAUUGUGAAAAUGUUCAGAAUGGUAAAUUGACUUGUACAAAAUAUGUGAAAAUGACUAACGAGCCAUCUUUUCUUCAGCAAAAGAUCAAAGAACAUAAGAACAUUAAGGAAUUGAAUACCAAAGUUGGUGGUCCCGUUGUUAGUAAAUCAUCUGACACAUUGUCGCUGCAAACAGGAAAAUAUAGUCAAUUGUGUUCUAAUAGUAGACAUCAAAAUCAGGUUAAUGCAUGUCUACUUAAAAAGAAAAGUCAAAUCUGCAUGGACAGUGAAUCUUCUGCAGAUAUUUCAAAUUAUUUCUCCUUUUCUCCUUCAUCAACUGGUGACACCAAUGCAAACACUACUUUGUGCAUGUCUUCAGAUAAUUUCAGUUUUACAUCAACAGAAGAAGUAUCUUCCUAUGAGAAUGAAGAUUCCAAUGGCAUAGCACUUUGUAAUGAUUCAGAACGAUUCCCUUUGCAAUCACCAGUUGAUGAAUCAAAUGUCCAUGUGAAUGAUAGUUUUCACCAGUCUUUCAUGAAAUCUGUAAAUCCUUGCAAAAACCCAUCAUAUUGUGACAAGAGAGAUGGGAAUGUAUUCAGCAAUAACGAAAAUGUUUUUGUUUUGAAACAUGGCAGUGGUGGUUCAUCUCCUUCUGUGAAAGAUACCCAAGAGUUUAAUAAUGACAUUUCUUGUGUCAAUGAGAAUGCCAAAAAUUGUGCAAAUCUAGUUGUAUCAAAAACGUUGGUAUUGUCUAUCCCUACCCCUCAAUCAAAAAUUAUUCCUGUUCAAACUGCCACUUCAUCUGAAAUGAUGGAUAAAUUUCAUUGUUCCAAGAAACGUUCACUGAGACAUCAAGCAAGUUUAGCUGACUGUAAUGAAAAUCAUUAUAGUUUAUGUAAACCACAAUCAUCUUUUGUAAAUGUUUGUAAAUCACCCUGCCAAAUUGAUGAUCACAUUUCUGAUAGUCGAUUUGAUGAAUUAUUUGCAAGCCAGGAAGAUAAUUUUAGUUCUGUUAAGGAGAACUUGAGAAAACAAAAUAUGUCAAUGGUUAUUCCGUCAUUGGUAAACAACUGUGUAAACAAAUCACAAAAGUCUGUAGAAUGUUCACAUAAUGUAUCUGAUGCUAAAAAUAUGUUUAUGCCAUCCUUUGAACAAGAGAAUGGAACAAAUGAGUGGACAGUGCAUGGAGUUGGUGAACAAGUGAAAACUGUCAAACAGACUAAUGUUUCUAAUUUGAAAAAGGACAGAAAUAUUAGGGACGUGUUUGAAACUUUUGAAAAGCAUGUAACACCAGGUAUUAUAGAAAGUGUAUCUCCAUAUUUUUCUAUAAAGAAUAAUUCAGUUAAUUAUAAAGAACCAGUGAAAUAUAGUUUUAAUUUAGAAGGAAUCAAUAAAAAUAAUGAUACUGAUGAUAAGUUUAGGCAAAAUAACAAAAGAGAAGAAUGUGAUGAGUUAUUGUCAGUGUUAAAUGUUGCAGGUACAGAGCAACAUAUGGAAUUAUUUUCAGAUGUAGAUAAAAGCAAAGAAUUUUCAGAUAAGGGAAUAAAUGUGCGUCCUGUUAUUAACUUUUUAUUUUCUGGGAGUAGUUCUGAGAGCAAUCUAAAGUCCUGUACUAAAGAACUGGAAGAAGCUUCAUGUGUUGAUAUCUCACAGACCUCAUCUCAAACAAAAGGUUCUGCAUCUCCAUCUAAUGGUUUAAUGCAUUGCAAUGAGCUUAAAGAAAAUUUCAGUCAUGCAAUAGAUGUUCCUAAGAGAAGAAGAUUGUCGCCAAGUAAAUCUGAUGUGGAGACAAAUAUUGAAGAUAGAUUGUUUGCUGCUCUCAAAAAGACUGAAGAAGUUAUAAAAGAAGACCAAUCCUUUGAUUCGUGUGUGACUUCUAAAUGUGAAAAUAUGAAUGCAUGUAAUCAAGCAGAUUCAGUUUUACCAAAAGAAGAUCAAUGUCAAAAGGAAACAGAAAAUUCUGUUGAUAAGAUAGCCGAUAAAGAUUGGUUGCAAGUAAGAAACUUAAAAGGUAAACUGUUUUACUUUCAUACUCCUAGUGGAUUCACAACUUACCACGUACCUUCCAUUGCCAAAGAUGCUAGUAUAUAUUCUAUGAGCAAAAGAUGUCAAUUUUUACCAAAAGGUAUGUCACCUCUGUUAGCUAUACCUACUGAUUUUCAUUCUACUUUUGAGCAACAGUCCUUUCCUAAUGUAUCUGCAGAUGCUUCACGUAUGAUAAAGAGUUCUUCAGACAAUGAUGAUUUAAAAACUGUAAAGUGGCGGGAAAAACCAGACAUUUUUAAUAACAAUAUUUCAGAUGUGUUGAGUAUUACUGAAGGACCAAGUGAUAAAAAAAUGUUAUCCUCAAACACUUCAAUCCCAGAUUUAUCUUCUGUAACAUCAAAAAUGUGUACCAUGGUUCUUAAGCAAAAACUCGAUAAGAGAAUAUUUUCCAAUAUUCAGGUUGUGGGGCAGCUUGACAAUAAAUUUAUUAUUACAUUAUGUUCUGAAGACAAAAAUUCAAAUCCACAUAUUCUUGGAAUAUUUGAUCAACAUGCUGUCCAUGAACGAGUUAGACUGGAGGCUUUAAUGAAAGCAUAUUCGAGCAAUGAGGAUGAGUGGUCUUUCACAGCCACGGAUCUGGAUGAACCAGUUGUUCUCAACCGAUCCAGUCAGUGGUUAAAAGAAAUUCUACAUAUUUUAAUUCAGGAUGUUGUGCUCUUUCUGAUAAAAACCGGUGGACAGGAUAUAGUUGUACCGGAAGUGUUCAAGGAAGUUAUCAAUUCAGAAGCUUGUAAAGGUGCUAUCAAAUUUGGAGACCCUUUGUCUGUUGUUGAGUGUGAAAGUUUACUCUUGGACCUUAGCAAAUGUGAUUUACCAUUUUAUUGUGCCCAUGGACGACCAUCGUUCAUGCCUCUUUUUGAUUUAAGGGAGUUUGAAGAGGAAAGACAAAAACACAUUCAAGGAUAUUGAUGCAUUUUCUGUUGUGGUAUUGUGUAUUUGUUAUUUGUACAUAACAUUAUUCGUAUAUGAUAAUUGAAGAAAAAAAGUAUACCUGUGUUUGUGAUCUUUGAAUUGUAAGAUUCUGUUAAUAAUCGUGUAAAUUGUAUAUAAGAAAUGCAAUUUUUAAACUUUUCAUUUUUUAAAUUUCUAUUAAUGCUGAAAAAAACAACCAGAAUUUGUUAAGUUUUAUAAUCAUAGAGAUCAUGUGGUGUUAAUUGACUUUGUUAAUUUUUAGAACUUUGUUUGUUCACAAGAAAAUAAGUGUAUGUUGUGAAUAUAUUAAGUAUUGAUAAUUCUUCAAUUUUUUUUACGAUGAGAUGAAUCAUUUUUGUUGAAUUAUAUUUUGAUUGUGUUGGUAAACAGGUCAAAAGAUUAGUUGUAUCUAUUGUAUACUGAAUGUUUAUUUCUGGUAAUGAUCAUGUUCUGUUACGUAUGAAUUAUAUAUCUUUUGUUAUUGCUCUUUUGAUGUUAUGCUCUGGAAGUUUUCCUUUUGGAUACUUAAAUCCUUGAUGAUGAUGAUG